UGCAAACGUUAAUUAAUAAACGUUGAAUUGUGGUGUAAUGUUGUCAAUUGUAAAAUUCGCCAUUUUUUUGGGAUUACUUCUUCUUUGUCAACAUCAUACCGAUGCUAAGAAAAUUAAAGGGGAUGAACGGACUGUUGUAUCCGGUGACAUUUACGUAGCUCCUAAAGCUGUUCAGGAGAAUGAAGAUGAAGUGGAGAAUUACAAACAAGGCAUCAGAAGAAGAUCUCGAAAACAGGCACAAAGCCUUCAUACUGGAAGCGAAGAAUGGAAGAGAACAGUGGCGAUUGCCGACAGGAGUUCUCUCUGGAACGAUGCCAUUGUACCGUACGAAAUCUCUCCAAAGAUCAGUGAAAGUCUAAGAAGAACAAUACGCACGGCUAUAAGAAAAUGGGAAUCGGACACGUGUUUGAGAUUUGUUCCUGCCGAUGAAACGAUCCACGAAUACAGCGUGUAUUUUGAAAAUGAAGGAGUUUGUGGAUGCUGUUCUUACGUAGGAAAGUAUGGUAGGAAACAAGAAAUCACUUUAAUGGAAGGCGGUUGUAACUUCAUCAGUGUUGUAUUGCACGAAAUAGGACACGCAAUUGGAUUUCAUCACGAGCAGAUGCGACCAGAUCGGGAAAAGUACAUUAAAGUUUUGUACAAACAUAUCAAGGAAGAAUUUUCAGGUCAAUAUGAAAAACUGUCAGAAGAAGAUAUAGACACGUUAGGAUUUACAUACGAUUUCGAUAGUAUUAUGCACUAUACCUCCGAUUCCUUCAGUACUGGUGGAGAAACCAUGGCUAUUAUCAAUAACCACACCGGCAUUCCUCUGAAUGAACAAAGACAUUUCUUGAGCCGAUCGGAUAUCGAAAUCGCUAACAAACUUUACAGCUGUCCAGCUUGCUUAUUUAAUCUACGAGAUAAAAGAGGAACAAUAUACUUCAACACUUCUAUGACUGACGAAUUAUAUUGCGAGUGGUUCAUCAAAAGGGAGGAGGGAGAAUAUAUCGAGUUCAUUGUCGAUUACGUUAACAUCCCGGAUAACGAAAACUGUACCAAAGAUUACUUGGAUUUUCUCGAUGGAUAUUCGUUUUCUUCUGGGUAUUUAGAUUCUCUUUGUGGGAAUAAGACUGUGCAGGACUUCUACAUAACUACUUCUAAUCAUCUUUUCGUCUUAUUUGAAAGAUCAGAUCGAGCGAAUUUCGCGGAAUUCUCCUUCAGAUAUAAAGUCGCCUGUGGAAGGGAUAUCGAAGCAGACGAAGGCUUAAUUAAAAGUCCACGAAAUUCUGCAGAUUAUCCCUACAGUAAGGAUUGUAUUUGGAUCGUAACUGUUCCCGAGGAUUAUAGAGUGGCCUUGCACUUCCAAACAUUCAAUCUCGGCAACAACGAAACAGAUUGUAAUUCUACAUACGUGGAAAUCUGGGAAUAUGCUGAAAAUGCCAAGAAUCUAAUGCAUACCUUUUGUGGCUCCGAGAUUCCUCCAGAUGUUCUGUCUUCAAGAAAUAUUUUAGAAAUUAAAUUCGUGUCUGAGGUGUGGGAAGAGAGAAUUGGUUUUUCGGCUUCUUUCGUAAAAGAGAUCAACGAAUGUGAGUCUGGUGAUAAUGGUGGAUGCAGCGAUUUGUGCGUUAAUACAAUAGGAAGUUAUUAUUGCGAGUGUAGAAAGGGAAGACGAUUGUUUCCGGAUAAACAUCGAUGUGAAGAGUAUUCCGAUAAAUGUGGUGGAAUUUUGAACGUGACCAAAUCCACAAUUAUCACUAGUCCUUCGUUUCCCAAUCCUUACCCCAGAAACAUAAAGUGCAAAUGGGAGGUCCUUAACGAGAAUUUCAUCAUAUCAUCCCUCCACAUGGACUUCCAAGAAACCGAAGAUGAAUGCGUUGAUAAGAUAAAACUGAGUAGCACCCGAAAAAAUCGUAUUAUAAGGACGAAUUUAUGUGGCGAUUUUCAGUCCUUGAACGUCACUCAGGUUUCAAAUUUUACCAUGGAGUUCGAAUCGGAUUUGCUAAUUCAAGAUACCGGAUUUGCCAUUUUGUUCGAACCUUUGUAAAUAUGUAAACUUGAUGGAAUUGGUUAAAAUAUACAGUAUUACGUUUUGAAAUGAUAAAUGGUUAAUUGAAUAGUUUGUUGAAGAAUUAUUGAACAGGGCACGCGAUGUACAAGAUGGACUGAACAAUUUGUUCAGUGUUAUAUUUUAUACGAAGAUAUUCCGCACAAUUAACGUACAAUCCCCAAUCUCUCUGUAUCUUUUUACGUACCUAUAAAAUAUAAUCUAGUUGGGUAAAAAAGUUGUAGAUCUAUAAAUUUUCACUGUCGUCCAUAUGUCUGCUCUUCCUUAAUCUCGAGAAUGGAGUUAAAUAUGAGAGAGACAAAAUCAGAUGUGGAAAUUGUAGGGGAGGGAGAUAUCGAUUAACUAUAUAUCACGUUAUUUUAAUUCAAAGUUUUUUGCUGAAAUAGGAUCUCUUUGUGUACGAAAAUUUUUUUAAA